GCCGUGGAGAAGGGGAGCUCGCCCGACUUCUACUUCAGACCCCCCAGGCUACUGAAAGCUGUCUGCAAGUCCGCCGGCCGCCAGAGCUUGGAUGUAAACGGGAAUUGCCAAACCGUGGUUUUUGUCAGUUCUCAGGGAAUCUCAGAGGACACUCACUGUGUAGAUCAAAAGACUGAUGUUUCUGAAAAUCAGACGGACUUUGCAGAGCAGUGCACUGGGCAGAGGAAAAGACCUGCCACCGAUGGUAACGUACCCUUGCGAAAGCGACAGCGCUUUUCUCCGCCUGCCCUGCUGGUGUCAGCGCCGGGGCUCUCGGCGCCCUCGCCC